UAGACCGAUCGAACCUCAGUUCGGAUUACCUCUCGGUAGAAUAUGAUUCUCUAUUUUACACUCGGAGUAUUGUUCGCAAUCCUAUUGCCCAUUCGUGGACAUCACUGCGGAAAACUACGGGAAAGCCAUCUUUACAACCGGAAUGAGAUCACCGCCCCCGAUGAGUACACCUGGAUUGGUCGUGUCGGCUAUAUCUACGAAAAUAGAACAGAGUUUAAGUGCUUUUCGGUGCUGAUCCACCAGCGAUAUGCAGUUCUUAACGCCCAUUGUAUACGGGGUGGCACUGCAGCGCUCAUUCUUUUCGGCGAUUGGCGCGAAAACGAGGACAUUACAGUGGGUGACUGCCUCGUGGAGGGAAUGACCGCCCAGUGCUCGCCACGACCGCAGAUGGUGGACAUCGAGGAGCUAGUCGUGCACCCCAAAUACGAUGGACAAUAUGACUAUAAUAUCGGACUGGCCAAACUGGAGAAGAACGUAGAGUUAUCGGACUUUGUGCAGCCCAUUUGCUUGCCGCCCGCCGGGGAAUCCGAGGGCAACCACAUCGCCCAGAGACUGGAGAUGGCGGGAUUCCGGAGACCUUUGAGGGAGGGAGAUCCGGUGGAUAAGGAUGGCGAGUGGCGGAGGAAGGUGCAGGUGCACACGACCAGUAUGGACUUCUGCCGCUCGCUAGGCAAAAAUGGCUGGCCAAAUCUGACACAGAAUUAUCUGUGUGCCCUCGGCAAAGAGGAGAAAACCCUUUACUUCGGAUCCCCGCUAAUGGGCAUCGAAGUGGUGGAUGGGAAACCCCGGAACUUCUACUUAGUUGGUUUACCAGCUACCAUUCAACUACUUGGACACCCUUCCUAUCUCAGCUUGCACUUAUUCACGAGCAUCUUGCCAUUCAGGAACUGGAUUUUAAAAAACAUGGACCUCGAUUAGUUUUGGCAAAUGGAUUUCGGGUAAUGACAGCCAAGAUGAAGCUUUUAUUUAUUAUCUCUGUGUAAUUUCAAUGAGAAGCAAUUUUAAAACGAGAUCGUCACGACUUUCUCACCUUGUUAAGUUGUGCUUUUAUUCUGGGAAUUCUAGUUACAAAAGUUCAAAGCUUAAAAACCAGUAUGAAAAGCAUUGAUUAAACCGAUCGAACCUCAGUUCGGAUUACAGCUCGCUAGAAUAUGAUUCUCUAUUUUAUACUCGGAGUAUUUCCCGCUUUCUUAUUGCGUAAGUUACACGUUUAACUAGAUGCUCAUGUUAAUGAAUAUUUAAUAGCUAAGUAAAAUAUAAAUUUUAAAAAGGUCA